UACAUCGUAUCUAUCGUGGAUUACUGUGACAGACACGCCAUUAUUAAAAAAAAAAUAAAAAUUUUUGUUUAAAUGAGAAUGAGAAGUGUGAGUUCACAAUCUACUAACACUUUCUAAUAUUUUAACUCACUAAUAAAAGAUCGUUACAUUACGUGUGAGUGAGAUACAACUUAUAAAAGCUUGUAGACUGAUACGAUAGACGAAUAAUGAUGGAAAUAGUGUUUCCCGUUUGCUUUUGCAGUUCAUAUUUUGUCCAUACCUGUCGCUGAAGUCACACAUGCGUCGAGCGAGAGGUUAUGAAUUAUCUUAAUGUAUACAACUUUUUAAUUUUUCUAAACAGGAUAAGAUAGUAAAGCAAAAUAGCCUAAAAUGCUUCUCCGAUUUUGUAAAUUAUGUUAUCAAGAUUCAGGUGUGUCGAUUACAAAUUUACGGAAAUAUGGAAAAAGAGUUAAUACCAAACGUUUUAAGAAAUGUAAAGUCGAAAACGAAACGUUAACUCACGACCAAAUAAAUAUGAAAAAGCCAAUAAUCGUGUGCAAACGCCCGAUAUUUAAUUUCUACAAAGGUCAAACUUAUUCACAAUACGAAGAAAUACCAAUAGCUAGUAAAGGAUGGCAUCAUUCAAAAGCUAAAGGAGAUUAUUUUCAUGAACAUGAAUUAAAUUCCGAUCAAGCUAUCGUAGAAUCUACUUUUGAGAAUUAUGAUUUAUGCCCUUCGUUGUAUAAGAAAUUGCAGGAAUUAGGAUUUAUAAAGUUGUUGGAAAUUCAGGAACGUGCUAUACCAAAAAUUUUAGAUGGUCAAAAUACUGUAUUAGCUGCUGAAACUGGAUGUGGGAAAACGUUAGCAUAUCUUGUUCCUCUAAUACAUCAAAUUUUAAAUUGGAAACCAUUGUUACAAAGACCUUUUAAUUCUCCAUUAGGAUUAAUUAUAACACCAACUCGAGAAUUAGCUGUUCAAAUAGGGGUAGAGGCAAAAAAGUUAUCAAAAGAUCUUGAUAUUUCAACAAAAAUUUUAACAGGUGGUAAAACAAAAAGAAUGGUAUUACGUUUACCAUUAAAUGAUGUUGAUCUUGUUGUAGCCAGUUUUGGAGUUAUCAGUAAAUUAUCCACUUUUGGAUUUUAUAAAUUAAAUUGUGUCAAACAUAUUGUUCUAGACGAAGCAGAUGCAUUAUUUCAUGACACAUUUGAAGGAAAACUUAAAAUAUUUAUGAAUAGGUUACAGAUUGGUUAUCAACAAGUAAUAGAUGAGAGUGGAAUGGCUAAGAAUACUCAAUUGACAUUAGCUUCCGCUACAAUGCCCCAAAGAAUUUCUGAAGUUUUAGGAGACAUAGUAAAUGUCAAUUCUCUGACUCAAAUAGUUUCAGAAAAAUUACAUCAUGUUUUAGUACCACAGAAAUUUAUAAGAUUGGGAUCAAGUCAAAAACCGUACGAAUUAUUAAAAUAUAUAAAACCAAAAAUUAAAUCUAAAGAACCGAUAAUCAUAUUCAGUAAUAAUAAUGCUACUUGUGACUGGAUUAGUAUGUUUUUACAUGAAUGUGGUAUUGAUAAUGUACAUUUGAAUGGUAAUAUGCCUUUAACAGUUAGACAAGGAAAAUACAAAGAAUUCAAAAUUGGAAGAGUUAAUAUAUUAUCAGCUACAAAUAUUGGAUCUAGAGGAUUGGACACUUUCAUGGUCCGACAUAUAUUGAAUUAUGAUUUUCCAUUGGAUACUUCUGAUUAUAUUCAUCGAUGUGGUAGGGUUGGAAGGAUAGGCAGCCAUGAAGAUUGCAAAGUAAUCAAUUUUAUUAGUCAUUAUCUAGAAAUUGAGGUAGUUCAAAAGAUCGAAAGAGCUUUACGCAGAGGAAGACCAAUACCUAUCUUUAAUAUAAUGAAAAAUAAUACGAAAGAUGAUCUUGAAUCUCUAAUUUCUUCCAAUGAUAUCCAAAAUGAUAUAAUUGAAAACAUAAAUGAGAAAAAUAGUAUUCCUUAUUAAUAAGUUCGUGAAUUAUAUUAAUAAAAUACGUGAUAUAUAUUUUCCAAAAGAUCUUUUCAAAUCUAUAAAUAUAUUGUUAAAUCUAAUCAAUGUAAAAUAUGAUCACCCGACUCGAUACUAUAGGAAGAUAUAUAUGAGAGAAUAUUUAUCUUCCUCGUCUAAUAUACAUUCGUUUCCUAAUUUAAUUAGCUUGUAUAAGGCCAAUUUUAGAUUAGAUUACUCUCGUGUAAGAAUUCAAUGACGAAACCCUAGCAGUUCCUGUCAAUACGUUCAUCUGAUUAGAUAGGUAUCGUUAUUUCUAAUUUGAUGUGAUCUUUUAAAAGAGAUUUUAUUUUUUUGCCUUGAUAGGAAAUUAGCCUUCAUAUAAUCAUGUUUAAAUUUUAAUAUAAAUGUUUAAAAUUUAAAUGGGAUUUCUUUUUUUUUUUCGUUUUUUUUUCUUCAGAUCUUAAGAUUUAGAAUACAUUCUUAAAUCGUUUCUAUUCGUCCAUACGAAUUCCUAAAUUUUAAAGUUUGAAUAGAAGGGAGCAGAAAGGUUUAUGUUUAUCCAUAUAUACUGUAUCCUAUCGUGUCCACUGACACACCCACACUGGACACCCACGCGCGGUAAAUAGUAAUACUAUAAGCCAGAACAUACGUCUAGAUCAGUUUAUUACUCACUUUGCGUUUUAGUGAAAUUAAACAUGGUCAGCGCACGCUGCCGUUUUACUUUAGUUGGCUUCGUCCAUGUGGGUGUGUCGUGGACAACUAAAAUAGUGUUGCUAAACAAUAUCUUCGCGUGUUUCUUAUCUCUUUUAAAUUAACAAUUAGUAGAUACCUUUCCGAAUUAAAUUCAAAAGUUUUGUUUAACCUUUUUGAUACUGCGUAUACAAUACGUAUUCAUGAAAUUAGACAUUGCAAGCGUUAUAUAAUCGUUUGUAAGUAUUAAAGGUAAUUUGAUAAAUCAUUUUCUUAUUAAUUUUGCAAUAAUUACAAAUAAAGUGCUUGUGAAAAUAUUUUUCUCUAUUUACGAAAGCAUUUUAAAGCACAUAAAAAGUUCAAUUGAAUAAAAGCAAAGAAAAAUUUGGUUUAUAAUAGAUGUACUGUAUAUAUAAAGUGAUAGUAAAGAUUGGGAGUAAUUUAAUGUGAGCCUGUAAUGGUCAACAUGAAUAAUGUAAAAAUGUACCAUUAGAUAACUUGUUUAUUUCAUAAAGUAGAGAACAUUUAAACAAGAAAUGUUCGUUUUAUCAGUAUCAUAUAAAAUGAUAAUCGGGAUACUGAAAUAAGCAUAAUAAAUUAGACAAAUCAUGAUUUAAGUUCAAUAGAUCAUAAAUUUAUAAUUUAAAAUUCAGGUUGGCAAAACUGAAGAAAACAAAAAAUUGAUAUAUUACACACGUAAAAGAACUUAAUACCAAAGAAUACUGAUUAAUGUCGAUUAAUAAAAAUCGCAUAAAGGGAAACUAUUUUAUAAACAGUACAUAACAUUUAUCUAGAAAUUACCAUUUAUCUAUUAGAUAGGAUUUAUCUAAAAAUGUACCAUUUAUUUAUUUCAUUCCAUUCAUCUAAUCUAGAAGUAGAUUCGGAAUAAAAAAAAACAUUUGUAUUGUAUAAUUACCAAUCUGUGUAUAUCCUGGACAUGAUUGUUUAUACAAGAGCUUUUAAAAAUAUUGUAAAGUAUCAUUCAGUAUUGGAAAUAGAAAGAUAUAUUGUUAUGACAGUCACAUUGAACUGAAAAAAAAUCAUAUAUUAUAUAUCCAUAACUGAUUCAUAAAUUUUGCCUUAUACAUUGCGUUGCAUAAUUAAAAAACUUAUGCAUGUGGAACGGUGAAGAAACAUAGAAAGGGAUUACCGAAAGUGUCGAAGAAAUUAAAGAAACAAGAAAUAAGUUUUAAAAACACAGACAUUUCAUUAAUAUUGGAAUGAAAUGAUAUGAAAGAAAUAUGGAUGCUAUCUGCAUUACAUAGUUUCGAAAAAAAAAACAACUAAAAACUGAAGAGGUCAUUUAUAAGCCCAAGUGCAUUUAAAAUUGUAGUACGAUAUGGCAUUAACGGUUUAAAAUAAUUUACAUUAUAAAUUACAUUGAAAUAACAAGAAAGUUCAAGAAAGUAACAAGAAGUCUGGGCCGAUUAAAAUUAUUCAAUGCUGAAAUACAUCUUAAAUAUAUACAGUGGUUUCCAUAUACUUACGUACACUUCAUAUUUUAACUUUAAAACUUUUAUAUUUUUCUUUGGAAUACAUGUAGCUGAUUCGAUUGUUUAUUUCUAAAAAGUUCCGACCCUUAAGAAUAUACCAAAGACCGGGGUUUUAUGAAUUUCAAAAAAUGAACUUGUUUUUAAAUAUUGUAUUCCGAAUUAUCGGUUUCGUAGCGGUCACUUACGUAUACUGAGAGUUUACGUAUUUAAAGCAGGAUGUUGGGAAUUUAAAUAGUAUCUAUCAAUGUUUAUUGAAAUUUUGAAUAGUUCACGUUUUAUAAAAUCACCGUGAUGAGUAAAUGUAAGAAUAUUACACCAGAACAAUGACGAUUAAUAGAACAUCUUCGUAAAAAUGGAAAAUCGUAUCAGAAGAUGUCUAAAGAACUUGGACUAUCAGUUAUGGCAUGUCACCAAGCUAUAAUAUAUAUUGAACAUCAUGAAACUUCAGAUAACUUACCUCGUAAAGCAAGAUUUCGAAAAACCGAUGUGAAAAUUCAUCAAUUAUCUGAAGCUGAUAGAUUUAAGACUGCUGUCGAUAUUCACAAGGAAAUAUCCACCAACUUGAAUACACAAAUAAGUAUUCGGGGACUGUUCAAUAAAGAUGAAUUUCAAUUAAAUGGACGCAUUGCGAGAAAAAAACCCAUUCAUAUCAGAAAAAAAUCGGCCAACUAGAAUCGCUUUCGCGAAAGAACAUUUUAAUCGGAUGCCCCAACAGUGGUCAAAAGUUGUAUUUACCUACGAAUCUAAGUUUAAUAGGUUUGAAUCUGAUGGGAAAA